AUGGAUUUCUCAUCCAAUUGGUCACAGUCUACGAAUUUGAAUGAUCAGCAUCAUCAUCACCACCAGCUUCACGAAAAUGGAAGUAUAGUUAGUGGCCACGGACUACUCUCUCACCAACUUCCACCUCUCACACAAAACCCUAACCCUAAUCACCAUCAUGUCGCUGCCUCCGGUGGUUUUCCGGCGAGGCUUGGUGGAUCGAUGGCUGAGAGAGCGAGGCAGGCCAAAGUUGCUCCGCCUGAGGGAGCCCUAAAGUGUCCUCGAUGUAACUCCACCAACACUAAGUUCUGUUACUACAACAACUAUAACCUCACUCAGCCUCGCCACUUUUGCAAGGGUUGCCGCCGCUACUGGACACAUGGCGGCGCCCUGAGGAACGUCCCCGUCGGUGGAGGCUGCCGGAAGAAUAACAGGAAGGGCAAAAAUGGAAACUCAAAAUCUUCUUCUUCUUCGUCCAAACAGUCUUCUUCCACGGUCAACGUUCCAAGUCCUAGCUCAGGACAGCUACGGACAAAUCACCAGUUCCCGUUUUUACCGACUCUUCACAAUCUCACUCAACUCGGAGGUAUCGGUUUGAACUUAACCGCGACUAAUGGCACCAACCAGGCUCAGCAGAUGGGUUCGAGUUUGAUGAACGAUCUAGGGUUUCUCCAUGUCGGAAAUGGACGAAACACUUCAGCUCCUAUAACCGGAAACAUUCAUGAUAACAAUAACAACAAUGAAAACAACCUUAUGGCGUCCGGUGGAUCGCUAAGUCACUUUGCUCUCUUCGAUCCAAUGACGGGGCAAUACGCUUUCCAAAACGAUGGCAACAUCGGAAUAUCUUAUUCAUCGGCUUCCAUGGUUGAUUCUGGCGUUUACCAGACAGCUCCGGUUAAGAUGGAAGAACAACCGAAUCUGGUUAACCUGUCUAGACCGGUUUCCAGUUUGACGUCUCCGGGGAAUCAAACAAAUCAGUACUUCUGGAACAAUUCGGAUUUCUCGGGUCCUUCUUCUAACGAUCAUCACCAACUUUUGUGA